UAGAAAAGAGUAAGAAUGGGCUUAGCAGUGGCGGUAUAUGUGUGGGGAGGAAAACCAAAACCCAAACGCAAAAAUCGCAAAGUUGGGAACGAUCAGAAGAAUCAGCGGAUACUGUUGGAUCUUCUCUUCUCCCCCGAAAACCCUAGCAAGCAUUUUGGAUAUCGAAUCGCGAUGCUGAUGGUUCCGUCAAAGGUCGCCGGCCAUACCCGGUUCUUGCUUGAGAGUUUUAAUGGCUCCGAUGUCGACUCAAUCGCCCAAGAGAUCUGUCAGUUGGUUGAUGUUGGUAUUGAGACAAGCAUUCCAGCUCUCAAGACGUGCAUAGAUUGCUUCACCGUCCGGAGAAGCCAUCCUAAUGCGUUGCAGCUGGAGAAACUUGUAUCCUUGGUCUUCAAACGUGUUUUGAACAACUCUGAUAAUCUCCAAACCCUGAUUUCUAACGCACUCCAAGAUGUGGAGCUCACUGACGAGUUUGUGGAUGAUUUGACGAAUGCGUUGGGCUUUACAAUCCCUGAGAAAAUUAGCGUUGCUCUGGUCCUGGCCGAUUCUGAAAGAUCCGAUGCAAAGUCAAGUGGACGAAACUUAUUAUUGGCCGAGAUUGAGCAACUGUGUGCCUCUCCUGGCCAGAUCGAGUCAACUGAGCAAAUUCAGAAUGUUGUCUUGUUUCUCCAGCAUUCCGAGGACCUCUCCAGCCAUUUGGAUUCCUUCCUCCGUAUUCUCUCUUCUGCUCAACCUCGAGAUGACUUCUCUUUCGCUCUUACGCCUUUCCUUUCUCCUCAACAUCACCAAUCUUAUGUUUUCAGUGAUUCCUCUGACAACGACAUUGAGGCUAUCCUAGAUGAUAUCGACAAGGAACUUGAUCUUGGAGAUCUCAUGGGUGAAUUAGGUUGUGGUCUCACUGCUGAUGCCCAGCAAUGCAAAGAGAUCUUGUCUACUUUCGCACCAUUAGGAGAGGCUGCUAUCGCCAGAAUUCUUGGUAAUGUUGCUCGUUCAUGUCCUGAUCGUGAAGAUAAUCACACCACCUUUCCAACAUUCGCCCUGGCCCUUGGAUGCUGCAUUCCAACUGAACUUCCCACGCCAAGAUCGUGGAAUGCUGACAUCUUAAUUGAAACUAUCAUCCAGCUUGCUCCUGGCACAAGCUGGAGGAAAGUAAUCGAGAAUCUCGACCAUAGUGGAUUUGACAUCCCUAAUAUGGAGUCUUUCUCGUUUUUCAUGCGCCUAUAUAAAACUGCUUGCAAGGACCCAUUUCCUCUGGAUGCUGUAUGCGCUUCUGUCUGGAAAAAUAUGGAAGGUCAAUUAUCCUUUCUUAAGCAUGCCAUAGCCGCCCCACCAGAAGUGUUCACCUUUACGCAUUCUCCAAAGAAGCUGGUAUAUGUUGAUAAUAAUAUGCACAGCCAUGAGCAACAAUUAGGACUUUCCAAUCAAGCUUGGCUAUCUCUCGAUCUCUUAUAUGUGUUAUGCCAGCUGGCCGAGAGAGGUCAUACUGUUUUAGUUAGUUCGCUGCUCCAUUAUCCACUCACACAUUGUCCUAAAACCUUGCUUCUUGGAAUGGCACACAUCAAAACUGCCUAUAAUCUCAUCCAGCGAGAGGUGCUUUCUGUUGUUUUCCCGCUGAUAAUAACGAAUUCCCAGGAUAGUGGUUUUAUCCUUCAUCUCUGGCAUCAAAAUGCUGAGCUCGUUCUGUGGGGGAUUUUAAAUGCCCAAAAUCUUAAAGUAGACAGCAUACUCAGAAUAAUUGAAAUCUGCCAUGAGCUCAAGAUUCUCGCUGUUGUUUUAGAAUCAGUUCCAGUCUCAUUCAGCAUCAGAUUGGCAGCCCUUGCCUCACUGAGAGGAUUUUUGGACAUUGAGAACUGGCUGCCAAACUGUCUAUAUGUGUAUAAGGACACCUUUGCUGUGGAGUGUCUCAAAUUUGUCAAGAAUGUGCAUUUUAGCCAAUCGGAGGAUUUUACUUCCAAACAUUUCCAUCCGUCUGAUCCUUUAUCAGAUCUUCAUUUGGAUGCAACAGCUUUGCUUUUGAAAGUUUUGAAAGCUCAUGAUAAUGUGAUUACUUCAUCUCAACUGGUAGAUGAUAUAGAAAAAGUCAAUGCAGCAAUCUUGGAUUGUAAUUCGAAACUGCAGAAUGGCGAAGCUAAAGAUUCAUCAGCUUCCAAUGCAUAUGGAGAAGAUGUUGAGGCAGAAGCAAACGCUUAUUUCCAUCAAAUGUUUUCUGGUCAGCUGAGUGUUGAUGCUAUGGUUCAAAUGCUUUCCUUAUACAAGGACUCUUUGGUUCAGAGGGAAAAAUCAAUUUUUGAUUGCAUGAUUGCUAAUCUAUUUGAGGAAUAUCGUUUUUUCCCCAAGUAUCCCGAGAGGCAGCUGAAAAUAGCUUCCAUUCUCUUUGGUUCUGUUAUCAAGCACCAACUUAUAAGCUCAAUCACAUUGGGUAUGGCACUGCGUCUAGUCUUGGAUUCUUUGCGUAAACCUGCAGAUUCAAAAAUGUUUCUCUUUGGAAGCAAAGCUCUGGAACAGUUUGUGAAUCGUCUGGUUGAAUUGCCUCAGUACUGCAACCAUAUUUUGCAAAUAUCUCAUCUGCGUAGCACUCAUCCCGAGUUAGUCACUGUUAUUGAACAAGCACUUUCAAGGAUAUCAUCUGGUAAUUUAGAGUCAGAUGCCUCUGUUUCGCACCCUGGUCUUUCACAGUCUUUCCCUGGAAACGGCGAGUUUGGUUCUGGAAUUGGUCAAUCUGCGUUGCAACUUCCUUCUCCUGUGCUGCCUCAACAGACUAAUGAAGUGCAUAUUGAUGACCGCAGCAGAGUACCAAGUGUUCCAUCUAACGAAGCAAAGCCGCUUCUGCCGUCAUCAUCUAACAUUUCCGUUGAUGUUUCUGUCACUCCUAAGAAUCCUGGCAUUUCGACUUCUUCAUCAACCUCAGCUGGUUUUGUUCGUCCAGCUCGUGGAGCCACUUCGACGAGGUUUGGCUCUGCUUUGAACAUAGAAACCCUGGUUGCAGCAGCAGAGAGAAGGGAAAACGCAAUAGAGGCUCCACCGUCAGAUGUUCAGGACAAAAUUUCAUUCAUAAUCAAUAAUAUAUCUUUAGCCAACAUUGAAUCUAAAGGGAAAGAUUUUGCUGAGAUUUUACCUCAGCAGUACUAUCCUUGGUUUGCACAGUAUAUGGUUAUGAAAAGAGCAAGCAUCGAGCCCAAUUUUCAUGAUUUGUACUUAAAGUUCUUGGACAAAGUUGAUUCCAAGCUGUUAUUUAAGGAGAUACUUCAAAAUACUUACGAAAAUUGCAAGGUUCUCUUGGGUUCAGAGCUCAUAAAGUCAAGCUCGGAAGAGCGAUCCCUGCUUAAAAAUUUAGGCAGUUGGCUUGGAAAGUUGACCAUUGGAAGGAAUCAUGUUUUAAGGGCGCGAGAAAUAGAUCCAAAAUCCUUGAUUGUGGAGGCAUAUGAAAAAGGGUUGAUGAUAGCAGUAAUUCCAUUCACUUCAAAGGUUCUUGAGCCAUGCCAAAACAGUAUUGCGUAUCAGCCUCCCAAUCCUUGGACGAUGGCUAUACUUGGGUUACUCGCUGAGAUCUAUUCAAUGCCAAACCUAAAAAUGAAUCUGAAGUUUGAUAUAGAGGUUCUAUUCAAGAACCUUGGUUGUGAUUUGAAGGAAGUAGCGCCAACUUCCCUUCUAAAGGAUCGGAAGAGAGAAAUAGAUGGAAAUCCUGAUUUUAGUAACAAAGAUCUUGGAGUAACACAUAUAUCUCAACCACCGAUAAUCCAGGAGCCUAAAACAAUUUCUCCUCUUAAGCAAAUAGACCUACCUAUUGAUGUAGCAAAUACAGACACUCCCUCAAAGUUAUUAUCACAGUAUGUAGCCCCACAACGUGUGUAUACUAAUACUUUGAUGGAAGACGAAAAAGUGGCAACUUUAGGCUUGCCUGAUCAGCUCCCGUCACCUCAAGGACUGUUCCCGUCAAGUCCAUCCCCGUUGUUUUCUACUAGCCAGCCACCAGCGCUUCCCAACAUUGGAAAUCAUGUGGUUAUCAAUCAGAAAUUAAGCGGAUUUGGUACGCACUUUCCAUUUCCGAGAGUGGUACCACUUGCCAUGGAUAGAGCUAUCAAAGAGAUUGUGGCUGGUAUUGUUCAGAGAAGUGUUUGCAUUGCUUGCCAAACAACAAAAGAGCUUGUACUGAAGGAUUAUGCCUUGGAACCAGAUGAGACACGUAUAUAUAGUGCAGCUCACUUGAUGGUAGCGAGUUUAGCUGGGAGUUUGGCUCAUGUGACGUGCAAGGAACCCCUGCGCACUUCAAUUUCAGGUCAUCUGCGGAGUUUGCUCCAGGAUCUGAAUAUUAAAAAUGAAGCUCUUGAACAAAUUGUGCAACUUGUGACCAAUGACAACCUUGAUCUGGGUUGUGCUGCCAUUGAGCAGGCGGCUACAGAGAAGGCAGUACAAACUAUCGACGCGGACAUUGCCCAGCAGUUGUUGUUACGGAGAAAGCCCAGAGAUGGUGCUGGAUCCUCCUUAUCGCAAAAUUCUGUCAGUUUUAUACCAGAGUCCCUCCGCCCCAAACCGGGACAUCUGUCCCUGUCUCAACAGCGAGUUUAUGAGGACUUUGUUCAACUUCCUUGGCAAAAGCAGUCAAUCCACACUUCACACGGUUUAUCUGCUGCUUCAAGCUCGUCUGGUGAGGUUGGGCUUGGUAGUAAUUAUGGUCCAGUAUCAGGAAAAAGUGCUUCGGACUCUUUGUCUGGUGCUGAAAACGCUCGGAUGGAUAUGGUCUCCCGGGCAUCAGAUCUUUCUGUGGAGGGUUUUGAAUCUCCAUUUGCACUUUUAAGCUCACAAGUUGAUCCAGCUGGUGAAACAGGCGGUCUUCAGUUCUCUAAUUCCAUUUCGACUUCUGAGUUGAGCCUGGUUGAAUCCUCCGACACUGCUAUGAAAGAAACUGGAACAUCAUUGCAGACAUUGACUUCAGCUGCUACCAUGGAGCGUCUUGGUGGAAGUAAUAUCGCUCAGCCUUCUCUGUCCACGAGAGAUGCACUGGAUAAGUAUCAUAUUGUUAUGCAGAAGAUGGAGGACUUAGUGGCUAAUAAUGCCGGAGAUGGUGAAAUUCAGGUUGUAGUUUCUGAAGUUCCUGAAAUCAUCCUCAGAUGUAUCAGCAGAGAUGAAGCAGCUCUGGCUGUCGCUCAAAAAGCUUUCAAGGCUCUUUAUGAGAAUGCAUCAAGUAGUCUUCACGUCAGUGCUAACCUAGCAAUUCUUGUGGCUAUUCGUGAUGUUUGCAAGCGUGUGGUUAAAGAGCUAACUAGUUGGGUGAUUUAUUCAGAGGAGGAGCGGAAGCUCAACAAGGAUAUAACUAUCGGGCUUAUCCAACGCGAGUUGCUUAACCUAGCGGAGUACAAUGUCCACAUGGCGAAGCAUCUUGAUGGAGGGAGAAACAAGAGCGCCACUGACUUCUCUAUUUCUCUGCUCCAAUCCUUGGUCACUGAGGAGUCGAGUGUCAUUUCAGAGCUACACACUCUUGUUGAUGCACUGGCAAAGCUUUCCUCAAAAUCCGGAUCUCCUGAGUCAUUGCAACAACUAAUUGACAUCAUACGAAAUCCAGUUACUAAUACAAGUGGUCUCUCUGAUAGUGCAUCCGGAAACGAGAACAAUGAUAGACAAUCGAAGGAUGAAAAGCUUUGUUCUCAGGUUGUGUGCAAUACAACUGCUAACACAGAAGAGAAUACCAGCUGGGAAUAUGUGGUAGCAGAUCCUGCGGGUUUCCGGAAUCGGGUGUCCACGCUUUUUAAAAAUUGGUAUCAAAUUUGCGAAGUUUCCGGUGCAAAUGAUACCGCUUGUUCACAAUAUGUCUUGCAUUUGCAUCAGACUGGACUACUUAAGGGAGAUGAUACAACAGAGAGUUUUUUCAGAAUUCUUCUGGAACUCUCUGUCGCUCAUUGUAUAUCUUCUGAAGAAAUCAGUUCUGGAGCUGGGCAAUCUCCUCAGCAAGCUCAGAGUCCAUCAUUCCUUAUUAUCGAUAUUUAUGCAAAGCUGGUUUUUUCAGUAUUGAAGUAUUUCCCUGAACAGGAGUCUAGCAUCAAGUUAUUUCUUCUUUCGGAGAUCAUGGCUGUAACUGUGAGAUCUAUUCAGAAGGACGCAGAAGAUAAAAAGACGUCACUCAAUCCAAGACCAUAUUUUAGAUUGUUCAUUAACUGGCUGCUGGACUUAUGUUCCCUGGAUCCUGGGACUGAUGGAGCAAACUUUCAGGUUCUAACAGCUUUUGCCAAUGCAUUCCACGCGUUGCAGCCUCUUAAGGUUCCCGCUUUCAGCUUUGCAUGGCUAGAGCUGGUCAGCCACAGAAGCUUCAUGCCUAAGAUGCUUACAGUAAAUGGCCAGAAGGGUUGGCCAUAUGUGCAACGCCUGCUGGUAGACUUGCUCCAGUUUCUUGAGCCAUUUUUGAGAAAUGCUGAACUCGGAGGACCAGUUAAUUUCCUAUACAAAGGGACAUUGAGAGUGUUGCUGGUGCUGCUUCAUGACUUCCCGGAGUUCCUCUGUGAUUAUCAUUUUACUUUCUGUGAUGUGAUUCCUUCAAGUUGCAUACAAAUGCGAAAUAUUAUUCUCAGUUCUUUUCCACGGAACAUGAGGCUUCCAGAUCCCUCUACCCCAAAUUUGAAGAUUGAUUUACUGCCUGAGAUAGUAGAAGCUCCAUGUAUCCUUUCCGAGGUUGAUGCUGUGCUUAAAGCGAAGCAAAUGAAGAAUGACGUGGACGAGUAUCUCACUUUGAGGCAACAGAAUUCAACUUUCCUAAGUGAGUUGAAGCAGAAGCUGCUUCUCUCGUCCAACGAGGCCAGCUCAGCUGGAACCCGUUACAAUGUACCAUUGAUCAACUCGCUUGUGCUAUAUACUGGAAUGCAGGCUAUUCAGCAGCUACAAGCGGGUGAGACGCAGGCUCAAAAUGUGGUGGCCUUGCACAUGUUCAAGUAUUUAAGUAUGGAACUAGAUACAGAAGGGCGCUACUUGUUCCUCAACGCGAUCGCCAAUCAGCUUCGAUAUCCCAACAACCACACUCAUUAUUUCUCCUUCAUCAUGCUCUAUCUCUUCUUCGAGUCUAACCAGGAGAUCAUUAUACAGGAGCAGAUAACAAGAGUGUUGUUGGAAAGGCUAAUUGUGAACCGGCCGCAUCCUUGGGGACUCCUAAUAACGUUCAUCGAGCUCAUCAAGAAUCCAAGAUAUGGCUUCUGGCAACAUGCCUUCAUCAGGUGUGCUCCUGAGAUUGAAAAGCUCUUUGAAUCGGUCGCUAGAUCCUGUGGUAGUCUCAAGCCAGUAGUUGACGAGGGAAUGGUCUCCGGUUGGGCCGACAACAAUCACUAGCUUGUCUUUUCUUAUCCUUUCAAUUUGUAAUAUGUUGCCUGAUUUUUCCCCUCCCCCAGAUUUGGUAUUCAUUACCAUACGACAUAGUCGGUAUUUCAGUAUUUAAAGUUUUACAUUUUCUAAGUUUAUUUGAAGAGUAAUUGCACUCCCUGUAUGAGAAAAACUGCUUAAUUUGCAAAUGUGGAAAGUCCACUGUAGUAACACUGUGCAAUUCACCUUUAGACCAAAA